AUGACUCAUAGCUAUCACCAUUUGCCCAGCUGCGUCGUAAGGCGGAGAUGGCAGAGACCUUGGCUGUGGUCAGAGGCCUGGGUGAGCGCGUGGGCUCCGAAGGAAAAGCCGGCGUCCAUCUUCGAACUCACGAUGACCUACGGAGCAUUUUACCUGGCGAAGUACAAAACCGUGAUUGGCACCCAGAAUGUCCAGACGUAUCGGUACGAGGGCAGCGGAAAACAAGAAACCAUAACGGAUUUUGCUCAUACAAUCAGUGGAGAGAGAUGGGUGGAUUUCAUGUACACAGUCGACGCCGUCAAUACUCUUAGUUACGUCUCGGGGAACGUCGGUCGGACGCUGGUGAACUUCACGACGCCAAAGAGGUUUCCUGCUUUUUUGGAAGUGGUCGGCAAUAAUCUGACACUGAACUGUUACUCAGGAGUUCGAGUGUGGAACGUGACGAGAGAGGCGGAGGUAAUUCCUUUGGAUGGAUCUGAGAAAUAUCUUUUCAGUGUCUUCUCUAAUCACGAAGUCUUGCCUUCCUUUACGCUGGGAAAACACACAUUCGAUUUAACACGAAACGAGACAGGAAUUACAACGAAAAAAGACGCUGACAAGACUCUUCCCGCCUUCGUGGAGCAUAAUUUCACCAUUGCCUUCGCGGAAGGGGCUCGCAACAUGGUUUCCUGCGAUAUAAGGCUGGGGGAAAAUCAAACAACUGAUCAUGUUCUGUACAUGAACGAGUUACCGACACACCUAUCGGUUAAGGGACGGCCGGGAGAUCAGUUCUACGUAGUUCUUCGCCCAACGAAAUCCGAAGAACACACGUCUCCCGGGCCUUCGUCAGGCAGAUCUCAAGAAGGUAAAGCAGGCGGUUGCAGAUGUAGAGCCCGAGGCCCUCUCUAUGCGGAAGCUCACCUUCAGGCAAGCAUGGAAAUCGCGGAGUUCUUAGAGUCUCGGAAGGAAACUCUGCGUUCACUCGACGUCGUCCCACUUGUCCUACAGGAGAUGGACGGACGGUUGGAGGAGAUUUUCUCGGCAGCAAAAAAAGGCCUCUAUAAAUCUAGGGUGGAUGUUUUCCUUCGCCUUUACGGCCUUCCUGGGUCAGUGACGGACACGGAGGGCCGCUCCCUCCUGCACUAUGUUACUUCUUUCAAGGGCCCAGACGAUGCUCCUGUUUGGAGUGCGAAAAACGUUCUCAAGUUGAUAGAAGACCAUAAUUGCCUACCUAAUGCCGUCGACUAUCAAGGCAGAACAUGCCUGCACUUGCUUGCCCACUCUGCCAGCAUCGCCCGCUCGAAGGUUCAGUGGUGUGGGCGGGAGCAGACCGUCGAGAUGGCGUGGCUCAGUCUGGCGCAGAUCCUCGUUCAAGCGGGAGGUGACCCCUCGCUGAAGGAUCUCGCCGGGGAGCUCCCGCAUGUGGUGGCCAAGGAGAAGGCAAAGCUCGAGCUCCACGACUUCUUUUCGAAAGAGUGCCAGCGCAAGGCUCAGCAGGUGAGGGAUCCCAAGGCGUUCAAGACGGUCCUGGACGCCAUCAAGACAAAAGAGACAGCAAGCGUCAAGGCCCUUUUGCUGUCUGGGCUGCCCUCUCACCCCCUUUACACCACCGAUGACCUAUUGACGAAGGCUGUGAAGCAAGGUCUUCUGGAGGUCACGGCGAUGCUGCUGAGCUUGGGAGUGCCGCUGUGCAGCCACUCCCUGGUGUCCAUCACGCCGCUGGAAAUUGCUCACAGCAUCUCGGGGAUUCCGGCAAUUCUUCCGGCGCUGCUCAGACGAGAAUAUGCAAACAAACUUCGCUUUGAAACCACCAAGAUUUUGGGAUAUGAUCAAGAAUCGACUCUUCUUCAAAGCCGCAUAAAGGAAUUUGCAAGUGAAAUCGAGUCCAAAGGGAAAGACGCUUCUUGGCACUUCACGGAAGAAGAAAAUAUAAGAAAGUAUUUGUGCAUCGCGGCCGGCCUCGGGCUGUCUCUUACAUGCCAAGUGUUAGGCCUAGAUGACGUGUUCCUACAGCCUCUCCUCGAUGAAGACAAACCAGUCAAAAAGGCUAUGGAGAAUAAACACCCGCAUAUGCUGUCUGUGCUCUACCGUGACUUGAAUAUGUCUCUCUUUUCAACCACUGAUGAGACAACACUGCCGAAGGAAGUCAUAGACAAUGUAAUUCAGUGUGAAUUAAAAAAGCUGAACAGGUUUCUAGAAAAAGCAGGUGUUGAUGGGCGUAUGGACACGCAUUUCCGAAUGAUAAAGGAGGAGAAUGGUCAUGGCGAAAGUACAUGGCUGCAAGGCAUUGCAAAACUAGGACUUGUUUCAAUUUACCACAAAGUAGUCAAGGAAGGAAGAGCCCCUGAUAUAGAUCAUGCAGUUGAACAAUUCACAGGAUAUAAUAUGCUUCACCUGGCAGCACUGUAUGGUCAGCUAAAUAUGGUCGAAUACCUCUUGCUGAACAAAGCAAACGUGAUGGCAGAGGGAAAGAGCGGGUUUACAGCAGCCCAUCUGGCGGCACUCAGAGGUAACCGAGAGUGCAUGCGGUACUUGCAUGCUCACAUGGAGACCCAGGGUCAUUCAAAGGAUACUCAAACCCAUGCUGGCUUGACGGCAAUGCAGCUGGCCGACGGAUAUAAGACUCUUGUGGAAGACUACAGCAAGAUUCUUCUUCCAGAGGAAGAUCGACUGAGCGUGUUGAGUUGUCCGUACGCCAUAAAGAGAACCAAGAUUCUGCUUCAAAGGAAGGGCUUACACUUGAGAAUCACAGAUGAGCAGAGCUUCCGUGACACAGUUAAAAGAAUGAUGCUUAGACAGCAACAGUCAUGUGACAUAGUAAAUGAAAUGGCAAAUUUGCUGAAAGUUGUAAGUCAAGAAGACCCAAGGUUCUGUGGGGAGAUGGUCGUUCCAAAUCCUGAAGGGACACUCCCUUCUAUAGUGCCAGAAGAUUCCUUUCAAGUGUACUGGCAGGUUAGCAUCAAAGCCUGCACCAGAGUAAACCCAGAGCACAGUGGUACGGAGCAAUGUUUACUCACGCUUUCCCUUGAGGGUGAAUUUCGGAACUGCUGUUUUAGGGACGAAUUCCACAAAGCUGUCGGAAAAUCACUAAGUACGUAUAGUUUUACCUCUAAAUACAUGUGGCUCACGUACCCUUGCAUCACCAAAGCAGAUAUUGGUACUUCAGUAUACCUCGUGUGGUACAACACAGGGAAAGUUAGAUUAAUACGAGUCCUGCUCAUUCCCGUGCUGAAGGCGACGUAUCCGAAAGACAACCAAAACCAGGAUGUAUCUAAGCUGCUGGAUAGAUACUUAAAGAAUGAGAUUCCUGUCCACAUUGCCAAUAAAGGAGGCAACAGGUGGAUCUACGUCCUAGUUCAGCUGGAAAAUGAGAUAUUAGCUCAGAUAACCGAAGAACAAAGAUGUAUUUUAUUGGCUUGUAAACUCCUGACGAACCUAUUGUAUUCUUGCUGGUGGUUCCCUAGGCAACACAGCCGAAGACACGGUCGUGCGUGGGGGAACUAUGUUGCUGGGAUCGUGGCUCUCUCCCAGUCCCUCCUCUCCUCGCUGUUCUUCGAUGAACUUUCACGCACGACGCUGGAGGACUGGAGUCCCUCAAAGUUCCUCGAGCGGAUCAUCGAUUUAAAAAAGGGCGAUUGCGGAAAAUGACGACGGCCGGGGGUCGAAGACCCCCUCUUUUUUGCUAAAGGCACCCCGGGGGAAAGGGCAUCGCUAGUCGUCCUGUCUGUUAUCGAGUACCUGCGAGAACUCAGAGGCUGUGACCGAAGCGACAGUGAAACUGCUUCCAUCGAGCCGAUCUCCCUUGGCAAUAAGUAUUAGUUGCACCAAGAAAAUGUAGAUAUGUCAAUCAUCUUUUAGAUUUAGGUGUCACCUUAAGCGUAGUAUUUCCAAAAUUCAUAAUU